GCCCCCGCCGCAGGAGGGAUCGGGGGAGGCCCCAGGCCCUGGUGCCCGCUUGUCUCUCGCUGCCCCCACCGGCCGCGCAGCCCCCGCGGAGGGCGGGGAGAUGCAGCCCCCGGGUCCUCAGCAGCCGCCGCUCUAUGCGCCCAGCAACGGGGACUUCACCUUUGUCUCCUCGGCAGACGCCGAAGAUCUUAGUGGCUCCAUAACAACUCCAGAUGUUAAGCUAAAUCUUGGAGGAGAAUUCAUCAAAGAAUCUACUGCAACUACAUUCCUAAGACAGAGAGGGUAUGGCUGGCUUCUGGAAGUGGAAGAUGAUGACCCAGAAGAUAACAAGCCACUCCUGGAAGAACUCGACAUUGAUCUGAAGGAUAUUUACUACAAAAUUCGAUGUGUGUUGAUGCCUAUGCCAUCUCUUGGGUUUAAUAGGCAGGUAGUGAGAGAUAAUCCAGACUUUUGGGGUCCCCUGGCUGUUGUCCUCUUCUUCUCAAUGAUUUCAUUAUAUGGACAAUUUAAGGUUGUUUCUUGGAUUAUAACUAUUUGGAUAUUUGGAUCCUUGACAAUUUUUUUACUGGCCAGGGUUCUUGGAGGAGAAGUUGCUUAUGGCCAGGUUCUUGGUGUGAUAGGAUAUUCCCUACUUCCCCUCAUUGUCAUAGCACCUGUACUUUUGGUGGUUGGAUCAUUUGAAGUUGUUUCUACCCUAAUAAAAUUGUUUGGAGUCUUUUGGGCUGCAUACAGUGCUGCAUCAUUACUAGUUGGAGAAGAAUUCAAGACCAAGAAACCCCUUCUAAUUUAUCCAAUCUUUUUAUUAUACAUUUAUUUUCUGUCCUUGUACACUGGGGUGUGAUCUAGUGCAAGAUGUGGCCAGAAACCAUAUUUUAUUCAUUUGCAGACUGAUAAUGCGUAAGAUUAAGGAGGCUGGAGAUAAUACAAGUGACUGUUUUGUAUCCAGUUGUCAAGAUGUUUUAAGAUCGAAGAGCAUAUUUGUGUAUAUUAUUUAAUGAAGCAAUUGUAGCUAUAUAGAUUUGUAUCAAAGUUCUAGGUUUGUUUAAGACUCUUCAGAUUUUAAUGAACAAAAUAAAAGAACCUUGUGUUUUAUAAGAAAGUGUAGCAAAAACACGACUCGAUACCUGUGCCAAAAGCACUAGGACCAGAUUACUAUAUUUGAGGAGAAAAAUGAGAAGGUAACUGUAACAAUCUCAAAGUGCAAUUUUUCUUUUGAGCUUAAACACAGCUGGCUUUUUUGGCACAGCAAGUUCUGUAGAUAAGAUAUAUUUAUGAAACAGUCCUGAUUGUUCACAGAAUAGUCUGUAUAAUCAAGACAUGAAGAUACUACUUUUAAUUUAGUGCCUCAAUUACUUUGAUUUGGCUAUUGAGUUUUUACAAAUUCCAAUUUGUUUUCAAAACAUGUAUAUACUGUGUAUUUUGUAUCUAUGGCUUGUGUGUAGCGUAAAUACUCCUUGGUUAAGGAUGUAUAUUGGGUUUUUAAAAAUUGAAGAUACAAGUAUUUGAAGUCUUCACUUACUAUCUCUGACCAAAGGAGCAAGAUAUUUACUGCGUGACAUAAUUAAUUAAAAUGCAUAUUUAGAGAAUCAAAUUAUUUUACUUAAAAGUAUAAAUUUGCAGAGAAACAGGUGAACACCUUUCUCAACUGUAAUGCUGGCUUAAUGUUGGAGAAAAAAGAUGAUCUAUCAAAUUUGUGUGAUCUUUAAACAAUGUUAUUUUAUGAUGACGAAAUAAAAAUAAUGCUUCCCUAACUAUGUUUUACAACAUCUUGCUCUGUCUUGCUUUUAAUAGCAUGGUAUUUAACAUGCAUCCAUUUUUUUUUUUCCCCAGUACUAUUAAUCCCUUGUAAAGAGAAAUAAAAAAGAUUUGUGAGGCCAGAUUCUCCCUCCACUAAAUAAGGCAGAAUUACAGCCUUAGUAACAAUUACAGUCUUGCUAAUUUUGACUAUCCGAGGAUUAUGUAAUAACGUGAUGACAUGUUAAAUAUUUCCUGUGUACUGUGUUGAUUGCUUAUGUAAUGGUCCUUAUGGUAACGUUUCUUCACAAGGGAAGUCCGCUGAAGUUCACUUUGCAUGGUACUAACUUAGGCAUUUGUAAUCUUCAGUUUUGGGUUUUUUUUUUUUGGUAACAGAAAGAAAGCAUUCCCCAUGUCUUUUUUUUUUUCUUUUUUUUUUUUUUAUGCUGCAAAUAAAAAUCGACCAUGACAAGGUAAUAGCAAGGGCUGGUUUUGAUCCCUGAUGGACAUAUUUCCUUAUCAGAACUGUAGUUUUUCAGCUUUUUAGACUGUGUAACUUGCCAUUUUAGUAACUUAUUUUUACCACUCGUUACUGAUGCAAAAUACAUAUUUAAAUUCCAGCUCUACCACAAACCUUUAGCUUAUUCGGUCUGCUCUUCUGGCUGAUGCUUGUGUUGGUUUUAAACAGAACUACUUAGAUUUGAUGCUGGACAUAAAUUAUAAUGUAAUACUCUAGCUUGUAAUACAUUAAAGGAGAAAAACUGGUAGAGUGAUCGACUUUUCACUAAUUUUUGGGUUCUGCAGAAGUUCUGGUGGAAUUACGGCAGUCGUACUAAAGCAAUUACAGGAGCAGCUUAGUACUUACCUGCAAGUGUUUUGUGAGCAUUCGUACCACAUUCUAAAAAAAAUACGCAAUUACAGUGUAUUAAAAAAAAAGGCAUGUUAGCUUUGGAAUCUUGCAUGAUAAUCUGGUCUUAUCUCUUUUUCAUGACUUGUAUUGCUUUUUUAACAGGAAUAUCCAACUAGUAUUAGAAGACUCAAUCCAGACCCUGUGAAUACGUGUUUAACUAACAUCACCCAAACAUUAGGUUACUGGGCUGUCAGAGAGCUUUAAGCUUAGUUCCUCUUUGCGUAGCUGUUCAUUAGAUGUCCAUAAUGGCUCCUGUGCAUCUGAAAUGACUAUGAAUAUUCAAAGGAUGCAAGAAUGUUCUAUUUAAUCUCCAAAUAUCUUCAUUUUCUCUAUACUAAUGUUCUGUGAAAUUUAUAGUUGCAAUUUUAACUGUUCCUUUCCACAGACUUGGCACGUGUAUAAUAUGCAAUGUAGAUAUGCACUUAACAUAGUACAUAUUUUGUACACAAUUGCAGAUUUGCACCUUUUAAUCUUAGUAUCUCUAGGGUCACCUUUUGCAUAUGCUGUGCAAGAAAUAUGUACAAACAGCUCUCAAAUGGUUCUGAUAGUUUGUAAUAACUUUGCAUUCAACAAACUCAUAUUUUUAGAUGAGGUAUGUGUGUAAAUACGAGAUGUAUUUUAUAAGAAUUUUGAAUUAAACUUGUUUACAGAAUGUAUGAAGCUCAUUUAUAUUUACUGAAUUAAGACAUAUGUAUAUUCCUAUCCAUAUCAUCAAUCUCAAGCUUUGAGGCUGUAAGUAAGUUUUUGUGAUAGUAUAUAUCCUACUUCUGUCUGUCAAAACUGGAAACUCAGAGCACAUCCAUCUAGCAAAAAGUUCCCUUUCCAAGAUGCAACACGUCAUUUCAAGGUAGAGACAUGGGAAUCAUACUUUAAUAACGAGACACGCUCUUUGGGCGAUCUUCCGUGUACAUGUCUUUCUCCCUCUUCUACCCAUCAGACAUACUCUGUUGUUCAUCAGAAAAACUGUACCUACUUGAGAAGUAUAUGAAAUCAAUUGCUUUGAUUGGAGACGACAUACAGCUUCAGAUCUGCUUUAAGUUUUGUCACUACCCUUAUUGGUCUUUAAUGUUUUGCUUGAAGUCAUGAAGCAAGCUUAAAAGCUGCUUAUUUUGCUCUCGGGACGAUUUUGAUUAGCCUGGGUGGUAUACACGCAUACCCAUGUGGUUCUGGUUUUGUUUGGUUCUUUUUUUUUCUUUACGCAGACACUGUAUUUCUUAAAUCAUUUUCAAGCUACAGCAGCCUGUGUUAAUUUGGGUCCUUCUAAUAAAAAUACUCUUCUGUAGGAAACCAC